AUGGAGAACAACAGCGCUGAUGUCACCAAUGUCAUUAAUAUGACGUCAACUGACCACGAACGACGUAGGAAGAAACCGUACAAGGAGCUCACACUGCACGAAAAAGUGCAACUGAUUCGACUAGCUGAAGAGAAUACCGGCAUGAGUCAAGCAGCCAUUGCUGAACGUUAUACUAUCGCUAAAAGCAACGUGUGUCGAAUAUUACAACGAAAGAAAGAAUAUCUAAUGGCAUACGAAUCAGCUGGAUAUGCUGGAUCCAGGAAAAGGAAGCUGAAAGGACCGCAAUCAGAGGUGACUGAAUGCAGCGAGGCUGACCUUGUACUGGCCACCACAUCCCACUACGGCAACGAAACACUGCGAGCUCAUAUGUACAAACAGCAUCAGAUCUCACGAAUGUUCAUGUGCCGAUGUUGUAAUUGGGCAUUUCCGGACAAGACAAGCCUUCAUAUGCACAUUCAGGCCAGAGAAGAAGGUAAAUCCAUAACGGUUCCGGUAAUUGGAAAAGGACUUACUCCGGAUGGUGUCGACUCAUCGUAUGCCUCUGCUCUCCAUCCUGUCAACAAUAACACUUUGUCACAAAUGCAGAACACUGGAGUAAUAAGCCAAACUUCUGGAUUAUCGUUUUUCUCCGGGGCACCUCCUCCGUUAACCUCAACAGCAGAAGAUAUGAGCCGUUUACGCGAUCGACUCGUGCUAAACUCCCUGAUGGCCCAACCCGGAUUUGGGCUGGCCGCUGCUUGGUUGAACAAUUUGCCGAAACCGAUUCCAACUACAAAACCGCUAGUCGACCUUAUCAAAAAGGAUUCCAGAGAAGACGAUGACUGCGAAGUGAACGUCGAGAAUGAUUCUCAUGCUGACGAGGAAAAGUUAAAUGUGUCCAGUAGCGAGUCAGACGAAAACAAAUCGCUUAUAAUCAAACGUGGCGAGAGCCCAUGUGAGAAUGCAUCAGCAACCAGUUCUGACGUAUGCUCGCCGGCUCACACCAGUUCCGCACAUUCGCCAGUGAACCUCUUCAAAAAAGGAGACACUCCGAGUGCUUUUCAUCACCUAAAUGUGGAUUCUCGCUUCAUUGUGUCCCCAUUACAUGUUUCACCGUCAGAAACGCAUUCAUCAGUUAGUCCAAACGGUUGCUAUGAUUGUGCCGUCUAUAAAACAAAACUCACUAUGGCCGACAACAAGUGCAGAUAUCUUGAAAGUCGUGGGAACACGUUGCAGACGGAAGCGGUUCGAGCGCAAGCGCAGAUUUCGUCCGUAGAGGCCGCGUUACGAGCCCUUGAAGCGGAGACUCGUACAUUACGAGAGCAGACAGAGGUGCUUCAUAGAAGGCUACUCGAUUGUCAGGAGCAGGCGGUUCGCUUCAUGCAAUGUGACCGAGCAUCAAAUCCACAAGCUGUGGCGUUAUUCAUGAACCAUCUUAUACAGUCGACAAUAAUUCGCUAA